AUGCAGCUGUCACUAAUGCUGUUUUAUAGCUGCAUUCAGAAAAUCCUGCUUCCUCGAGCCCGCUUCCAUGUAGUGAGUGAGCCGGUGUGUUUGUGUAAUGCAGCUCCUGCCAGGAUCCUCACCUUUAGUGGCACAGUGACAACGCCCUGGAUGAGAGAUAUCGUCCUGCCCUGCAGGGCUGUGGGAGAUCCGCCACCUACAGUCAAAUGGAUGAAGGAAAGUGGGAGCCCAGGCCCGGCCAUCAUCGAUGGAAGGCGCAGCAUCCACGGAAAUGGCAGCUUUGUCAUAAAGACCGUGAAAGCUGAGGAUUCUGGGUACUACACGUGUGUCACCAGCAAUAACUGGGGUACUGAUGAAAUAACGCUGAACCUGCAGGUGCAAGAUCAGCCUCGUCUCACGGUGACCAAAACGACGACCACGUCCAUCACGCUGUCCUGGAUACCAGGGGACAACGGUGGGAGUUCCAUCAGAGGUUACAUUCUGCAGUACUCAGAGGACAACAGCGAACAGUGGGGCAACUUUCCCAUCAGCCCGAGUGAGCGCUCGUACCGUCUGGAGACUCUGAAGUGUGGCACCUGGUACAAGUUCACUCUUACAGCCCAGAACGCCGUGGGCCCGGGCCGCAUCAGUGAGAUCAUAGAAGCAAAGACUCAUGGGAAAGAACCUCAGUUCUCCAAAGAACAAGAGCUGUUUACAAGCAUUAAUGCUACCUGUGUGCGACUCAACCUGAUUGGCUGGAAUGACGGCGGCUGUCCAAUUACGUCCUUCACUCUGGAGUAUAGACCUCUGGAUAGUCCGGUGUGGACCAAAGCCCAGCGUACGUCACUGACAAAGAGCUACACGCUGAUGGACCUACAGGAGGCCACGUGGUACGAGCUGCAGAUGAAGGUGUACAACAGUGCCGGGCUGGCCGAGAAACGGGUCAAGUUCUCCACGCUCAACUACGACGGUAGCACCAUUCCACCGCUAGUGAAGACCGCAGUAAAAAACCCAGUGAAGAAGAGUAACAAUGAAGGUGUGAAGAUGAUGGUGACCAUCUCGUGCAUCCUGGUGGGCAUGGUCCUGCUCUUCGUCCUGCUCAUGGUGCUCAGGAGGAGGAGGAGGGAGCAGAGGCUGAAGAGGCUCAGAGACGCAAAAAGCUUGGCAGAGAUGCUCAUGAGCAAAAAUACACGGCCUUCAGACACCCUGAACAAGCAGCAGCAGACGUUACGCAUGCACAUCGACAUCCCUAGAGCUCAGCUCCUCAUCGAGGAGAGAGACACAAUGGAGACCGUGGAUGACAGAUCGACCGUGCUCCUCACUGAGAACGAUUUCGGAGAAACUGCCAAGCAGAAAACGACCACAGCGACACACACAGUCCAUUACCAGUCACUGACUCAGGCCACGGGGCCGCUGGUGGACGUCUCAGACGUUCGGCCCGGGACGAGCAAAAGCAGCUUGUCGAAUCCCACAUCGCGGCGAGCGGCUAAACCAGGCCCUGCCGCACGAAGCCGCUACGCUAGCCAGUGGACGUUGAACCGUCCUCACCCGCAGGUCUCCACACACACGCUCAGCACGGACUGGAGGCUGGGAACACCGAGAGUGCCUGGUUCUGUGGACAAAGAGAGCGACAGCUACAGCGUCAGUCCAUCUCAAGACACAGAUCGAGCCCGGAGCAGCAUGGUGUCCACAGAGAGCGCCUCGUCCACCUACGAGGAGCUGGCACGGGCCUACGAGCAUGCCAAGAUGGAGGAGCAGCUCCGACAUGCCAAGUUCACCAUCACAGAGUGCUUCAUUUCAGACACGUCCUCCGAGCAGAUGACGGCAGGAACCAACGACUAUACGGACAGCCUGACGUCCAGCACGCCAUCUGAGUCGGGCAUAUGCAGGUUCACGGCCUCGCCUCCCAAACCUCAGGACGCAUGCAGGGUCAUGAAUAUGGCUGUGCCCAAAGCCCACAGGCCAGGGGGUGAGCUGGUGCACCUGCCGCCAUACUUGCGUAUGGACUUCCUGCUGAACCGGGCCGCGUCGGGCCUGGAGCCACAGAAGAGCCGGUCACUGAAGCGGCCGAGCCUGGUGCCGGUGCCAGUGGAAGUUCCGGCGGCCCGGGAGGCACAGCAGUGGCAGCCAGGCUCCGGCGCCUCCACACUGCCGCAGAGAGAAGCCGGCUCGGACUUGGCUCAGGCUGCCAAGCUCAGCACGUCGCAGGAGUCCCUCUUAGACUCUCGGGGACACUUAAAACAGAGCAGCAAUCCCUACGCCAAGUCCUACACACUGGUAUAACCCAGAGGACAUGGACUGGACACUCACACACAUACACACACACACACACACACACACACAUACAAAAACACACAGCAAAAAAACUCAUCACACAGUUGUACAUAGAGGCCUUUCCUCACGGGAGGGCCACUGCCGAUUCCUUACUUUCUUUUAUGCUUUUUUAAACACAUGGAUUCACUUUUUCAAAAAAAAAAGAAAAAAGAAACACACUCCAGAUGGGAGAUUGCCAACUUGAUUUAUUUGGAUAAUUAUUAUUAUUAUUAUUAUUAUUAUAAUUAUUAUUAUUAUUAUUAUUAUUAUUAUUAGUUAGCAUUUAGUGUGCACUAUGAUGACUGGGAGCCCAUUUUUUUUCUACCGAACAUUAUUUGUGUAAUUAAAUUAAUAUCAAAACAUGGAAUGAAUUCUCGAGAGAGUGCGAGCGCGCGAGUGUGUGAUCACCACUGUUCCAAAGUUGUCACUGUUUUCAGAUUUUUAACGUUUAAAAGUUCACAUUUUCUUAUGGGUGCAUGGGGAGCGACCGGUAAAAAUGAUGACGACGACGACGACGAUGAAGAUAAAGAUAAAUCUGAAAUAGAGAACAGCCGGAAGUUGAUCCGGCAUUUACGAUCUUUUUUUUUUUUUUCACUAUAAAAUGAUCAAAUGUAAAGAUUUAGUAUUCUUAUUACUAUAAAUUAAUAUAUAAAUGAUAUAUAUUAAAUGAGAAAAAAAAAAUCACCUUUAUUUGUGGGUAUUACAGGGAAAAGUUUGGAUUUUGAUCGAUUAAUAAAAGUCCUUUAGUCAUGUUUUUUGCACAUAUAUGGUUUUAGGAAAGUUUUGAGUCUCGGUUGCUGAAUAUUUGUGUCCCACUUUCUGAUGGUGCAAUAUGGGUUAUAAAGAAUAACAGAAAUGCUUUCUACUGUACUGUAAUGAAACCUACGUUGAGUAUGAGUUUAAGGGGCGGACGAGCUGAUACUGUUUAUUCAGGUGUAAAUUACCACCGGGUGUUUACAAGGUAAAUAUUCACCACAUGUCCGGGGGGACGUCCCGCCUCCCGAUGCACUAGGCUAUGUCUGCUUAUUAAGACCCCCUCUCUUUCACCACCCCUGUAUAGUGCACAAGGUUGUGUCUGCAGGGCACGCACUAUCUUGUAUUCGCUAGAUUUAUUUUUGCUGCAUUGCAGUGAUGCUCCUCUACAGGGAAAAGAAAUACUGAGACAAUCUGAAGAGAUUCCCCUUAAAGAACGAGAAUGUGAGUCUAUGGAAAUCUAUGAAGAGGUGUGGCUCUGUGCGACGUGGUGUGGCUCUGCAUCAGACUCGCAUCUCUGUCUCGCAGAGCACCAGGGAUGACUGAGA